AAAAAAAAAACGCUGACAAGAGCUCGGCAGACGAGACGAUCACGGAAAGGAAAGCAGAGGAGUCGCGUCUUCUGCAACUUCUUCCCACUUCCUUCCUCCCUCCUACCUGUAUGACUGAGUGAAGACAAACGCGACUCAGCUAUGGAGAGCUCUGUUGAGUCUUCCCAGAGCGGAGGCGCCCCGACAGCAAAGCCAGUCCUGGCUCCCAAACCCUUUCUGGCUCCUAAGCCCUUCUCGCUACAGAAGAAAAACACAAUACGCUCCAUCCACGCUCCAAAGACGGUUCCUGCUACUACGACAAAAGCAAAACCAAACCAGACUGGAAAAUCAGAGGCCACGGGUGACCUCAGAGCGACUCCAAGGCCCCCCGCUCCCAAACCACCUUGUACAACUCCCACCUCCACUUCCAAACAGAGCUCUGUGAGUGUGCCCGCCAAAAACCCGGCAAGUAAAGCACUUCCACAAGAGGAGAGUUCCCCUGACCCUAGUGCCAGAGUACCAGUGCCAGUGCCUGACCCAGUGCCAGUGACAGCUCCAGUGCCAGGUCCAGGUCCAGUGUCAGUGCCUGCAGUGCCAGUUCCAGCUCCAGUUUCAGCUCCAGUUCCAGUGCCAGUUCCAGUGCCUGACCCAGUGCCAGGUCCAGAGUCAGUGCCUGACCCAGUGCCAGUUCCAGUUCCAGUGCCUGACCCAGUGCCACGUCCACCCUCUCCAGCCACUCAACUUGAGGAGUCUCCCAAAUCUGAGUCGGUCCAGAAAGAUGAUGUCAUCCAAACAAACCACAACUCAAGCAGAGACUCUGCUGUAACAAACUCAGAGCAGAAAGAUGGGGAAAACAAGCAGGAUGAAUCCAAGGUUUCUGACCCCCAAAAGCUUGAGGAAGUAAGUGGUGACGUUUCCUCUACAACCGAUUCCCCGCAGCGGUGGGGCAGCACCAGGAAGCGUCUGCCCACGGAGCUCACUUCAAAGUUUCAGUCCGGUCCUCCACUCGUGCCCCCGAAACCGACUUCAGCCAUCUCUAAAUCCCGCACUAAACAUGACUCCAAUAAACCAGCUUUUUCCGAUCCAGAACAAAACCAGCCAAUUUCAGAACUGUCGAAUAGCGAAAGUGAUGCUGGUGAAGUGAAGGAGGACUAUAGUGGAGGAAACAGUAUCAAACGCAGGAUCAGUCUUCUCUUUGACCCGUCAUCAAGGCCGGAGGUCACAACAAAGAGAGAUGAUCCAGAAAUAGUGAACGGGAUAGGAGGUGUAAAGGAGCGGAUCAAAAACUGGGCGUCAGAAACGGGUUCAGAAGGUCCAAAGGCCGAGAAGAAGCCUCCAGCUGCACCCAAAACCUGUUCCAAGAGCUACGAGCCAGCAGCUGUUCCAGCAGUGGAGGAAACCCCAGAAACGCCAACGGCAGAGGUUCCUGGGGAAGAGGAGGUGACCGCUCAGCCCGUGGAUCCACCUCUGAAAGUCUCUCCUGCCGAGCAGCCCACAGAGACCCAAAUGGAAACACCGAAAGAUGCUUUUAAUGAAGAUAAAUCAGCAGAAGUCACUACGGAGACAGCCGAGCACAGUAAAGCAAUAGAAGGGGAUGUCCAGCUACAAAACCAUAGUGAGUCUCCAUCCCACACUGCUGCUGAGGAGGGAGAUGCAGCUGCUGAGCUCGUGCCAAAGAGGGACAAAGUCAAACGGCGCUCUGUUCGCUUUGGUACUGUGGUGGCGGAUGAUGGAGGGCCUCCCAUCAUCCUGGGCUCAGAGCCUGAAUCCAGCGCGGAGGAAGAAGACCAGGAAGAAGGUCCUGAGGACAAACCUGAGGAAGAUGUUGUUUCUGUGCCUGUAUAUAGAAAAGUUGGGAUUCUUCAGAGGAAGCACGAGAGGCAAAGGCAAGAAGAAAAAGGACAGAAACACAUGGACUUUAUAAAAAGAGAGGAGGGAGAAGAGCAGCAACAGACAAGAAUUGUGUUGGAAGAUGAGCAGAUACUAGAAGAAGGAGUGAGGGAGAAAGAAAAGGCAAGGGAAAGUCAAGAGCUCAGGUUCAGGGAGGAAGAAAUGGAGAGACAGAGAAUGCAGGAGGAGGAGAGCCGACGGUUAAUAGAAAAGGAGAGAGAAAUGGAAAGACUGAGAGAUGAACAGGUUGAAAAGGAAAGACAGGCAGAACUGUUGCAGCAGAAACAGGCAGAGCAGGACGUGGAGGAGAAAAAGCAGAAAGAAAAGAGACCCAAACACGUGCAAGAGGAUUGGGAAAAACAGGAGCUGAAGGAGGAGGAGGGGAAAGAGGAAAUAUUGAUGGAGGACGGAGAAAUGCAGAGAGAAGAGGAGGAGAGAUUGAUUCAGGAGCACAAGGAUUAUCUACCGGAGGAGAAACCAGAAGAGGAGGAAUCAGGUAAAGACAAGCAGAGAGAGGAGAACUGUGAUGGGGUCAAAGAAGAGCAGGCGAUGAAGGAGAGACAGGAAGAGGAGGAACGAGGGAGGAUGAGGCAUAUGGAGGAGAGACUCAGACAAGAAGAUCAGGAAAAGGAGCAAUUAAGAGAAGAGGCUGAGGAGAGAGAGAGGCUUAGGAAGCUUCAAGAGGAAGAGAAGUUGAAGCAAAGACAGGAGGAGGAGGAGGAGAGACAACUUGAGAGGAAAAUAGAGCAGGAAAAAGAGGAAGAGGUGGAAAGAAUGAAGCAAAUAGAAAAACAGAGAGUGGAGGAGAGAAGGGAAGAGGAAAGAAAAAGACAGAUUGAGAGAGAAAGAGAGGAACUAGAGAGAAAAAUGCAAAAGGAAGUGGAAAAACAAGUAGAUGAACCUGAGAAAACCCCUAAAAUAGCGGAAGAGGGUGAAAGACAACAACUUGAAUUGACUAUGAUGGAGGAGGAGAUGACGUCCGAUAAAGGAGAGCAAAAUCUUAUCAGUCUUGACUCUGAAGAUGGAGCUGAGAAAUCACCGGUCUCUCCUCCGGCAGAGAGUGUGGUGGACGUUGUUUACGACGACUUCUCUGUCAGAAAGCCUCUGAUUGAGGUGGACUACGAUGACUUUUCUGUCAAACCAAAGACACGGGGCUCACGGGCUAAAGGAGAAACCGCUGCAGCACGGCACAGUUGGAGAGAUGAGUUUACAGAUAAAGAGGAGGCGCUUGUUUCCCUGGACGUGGAACCGCGGGAAAACCAACAAGAGCCGGUGGAGGGUGAGCAAGUACAGAGCCGAGCCCGGGAGAGCCCGGGGACAGAAGUGGUGGAGGUGGAUCCGGAGGAGGGGGAGGAAGAAGAGAGGCCAGAGGAAGAGCAGCGUCACUCUGUGGGGAUGGAAGUAGAGGAAGAAGAGAAGGAGACAGAGAAUGUUGAACAGGUGGAGAAAGAAGAAGAACACGGUGAAGAAGAGGACAGCAAUGAGACACAGGCUAACAGUUUCUGCACACAUGAUGAGGACAAAGAGGCCGCUGCUUUGACAGAUGGUGAACCACACCAGCAGGAGGGGGACUGUGAGGAAACAUGCGAUACUGACAGUUCACAGCCCAUCGCUGAUCAUACUCCUGAAGUCUCUUCUGAUGCUGCUGAUUCUCACAGGGAGCCAGAUUUACCUGCACUCCCAGAGAGCUUCGCGCCUCUCCUUGACACCACUGCUCAGAAAUCCAAGGCAGAUCUAGGAAAGAGGCGAAUUCGAUCUCGUCCAUCUCGCUCAUUUCGCGCAGGGUCGGAUCCGAUGGGCAGGCCGGACUGGAGGGCCCAUGACUCCACAGACGGGAAGGAGGUGUCGUCAAAACAAAGCGAUUCAGAUUCUGAGGAGGAUCGGCCCAAACCGAAGGCGGUCUGCUCUCCUCCGCCUGCUGCUCAGAGAGUCCCUGUCUUUCCUGGUAUGAGCCCUGCAGCGCUAAUUGCUCAAAUAAAAAAGAGAACAGGAGGGCCUGGAGGAGGAGGAGAGGACACAGAGGAGGACAAGGCGAGAGAAAAGAAAGAAAGUGAAAAUGAGGAAGUGGCGCCAUCCCCCUCACAGCUCUCACAAUCUCCCCGCUCAGCGUCCAAGCUGGCAGGGGCUGCACUGGUGCUGCCACCUCUAGGAGGAAAAGAUGGAGGUGCUGCCUCAUCGCCUGCGUGGUUGAAGGAGUUGAGGUCUAAGAAGCGCAUGAGCUUGCACGAUGGAGAAAACUUAGGUUGACAGGAAACAUCGUGCCAUAUUUUUCUUAUUAGUAAGAAUCAGUCCGUCUCACCUGCUGCUGCUUACAGAUGCGUUUACAUCAGUCCUCCACUUGGAUCUUUACCGUGACAUCCUCGAGGGGAGUUCAGGCUUUUAAUUGCAAGAGGAUCAAUCAGGAUCUUUUAUAUCUUCUAAAUGAGACAUUGUACAGGGGCUGGGGCCUAAUUUGCGAUGUGUUAAUACCAAGUAAAUGUUUUAUAAAGUGCUGUGUGGAGGCUCAGUGGAGAGUGAAAACUCAACAGGAACUUUAACGAUAAUGGUGUGUACAUCCACACUGCUGACACGAUAAUGUUCUUGGACUCACAGCACACACGGCAUCCUCCAGCUGCAGUCAGACUCCAGAAGAACUCCACGCAGUUCCACAGAGAAAGACAAAGAAGACCAGAACUGCAGUUAUUUGUAAAAUACUUCAGUGAUGUGAAGCAGUGGGCAGAUUUUCCUUCCUAUAACAGAACAAGUCAUCUUUUGAGGAAAUGUUUGACAACAAAAGUUAGUACUGGUUUGAGGGGACCCUGACAAUAAUAAAGACAUCGGUAAAAAAGACCACUUGGCAGUAAUUCUCAGGUAAAGAAGUCACUUUUUUCAUUGCAAUUUUUUGGCUUAAUAUGUUAAAUUAACGUUUAAUAAGCGGUAUACUCAAGAUUUAUGGUUUCUGACAGUUUCCGACCUACACAAUACUUUAUCUCGCAAAAAGACAAUGUAAAGAAACAGCAGUCACAAUACUAAAAACAGUAUGAAUUACCAUUUAUUUAUAGCUAUCAUGAAGAAUCAGAAGAAAACAGUGUGAUGCUCCACCCGGUUAAUAUUUGAUUCACUGAUUUUUUUUUUUUUUUUAUCAAAUGUUGAUGAAUUUGUUCUAAAAGUGAUCCUAACAAUGUCAUUUGCCACUAUCACUGUCAGUUUUUGGACACCACCAUCUGUUUUUAUGCAGCUGUGAGGUUUGUCCUGGUCUUCUGGGAAUCCUAACCGUAAGCUUCACAACUAUAUGACUAACCUCAGCCUUAAUCUAAAUCUAAAUGAUCAACACAGACAUGUAUAAACAUAUAUAUGUACAUACACACUGAGUAGAAGUAAUAAACCUUGUGUGUAUUUGGUUUAAAUUGUACAAAUUGUCCUUGUCUAAGUAUCCAGCCUCAAGUAAAGGUUGAAGCACUUUAACAAAAAUUAUAGCAACUCACCGCCCACGCCUGAGCAAAAAUAACACUUUUCUUCCUUUUACCAAAACUAAAGAAAUACUCUUUUCGUACGCAAUAGUUUGCAACAACAUCAAGGGUUUUUAAGGGGAAAUUUUUUUAUUUUUUUUUAUGUUUUACAAACCUUGAAAAGAAAUCAUGACUGCUCAAGACUUGUAUGUGCCUUUUUUAUGCUGGAAAGUGAAUGUUAUAGAUAUCCUGAUGACCAUUUAUGGUUAUCUUACUGUAUAUUUAAUGGAAAUCGAGGGAAUUUUAUUAAAAGUUUUUUUCUAUGAAA